AUGCUAACUCAAGGUCAAGAAUUACUAAGCCAAGAAUUACUGGGCUAUCCCAGUUAUUCUGAUUUCACCGACUUUAAGAAAAUUGGUGAAGGAAGGUCGGGAAUCAUAAAUAACGUAUUUUGGAAUGAUGGUGACAAAUUUUUGGUUCUAAAGCUCCUAAAAGAUAAUAAGUCUUUUAAUCAGAUAAUUAGAGAGAUUGCCGAAGACAGAAAGAAAGAUGCUAUAGUUACGGUGCAAAAUUCAACUGCACUAGAAAAGUGCGCAUCCAAUCAAAGGAAUAACAGGUCUUUUGGAGGUUGCGAGCCUAUUUGUAUAGAAUUCGACGUUCCCCUUACAGAAGUUGUAACUACAGUAAAGAAAGGUACACAAAAUAAAUCAUUAAAAUCGUAUCCAUGGUGGAAAGCAGCACUUAUUAUUAGUUAUCUUAAAGUUGCUAUAUCACAUCAUAAAAGAAGAUGGAAAAAUGAAUAUAACAAAGCUCUCGAAUACCGUUCUAAGCAAAUUAGAGAUGCUGUUGCUAAAAGAAAAUCGGUAGAUCCCGUUGAUAAAUAUUCUGAUAAUAUUACUAAAAAAGUUGAAAAGGAUGAGCUUAACGAAGAAUUCACGAUAGUUCAUGAGAAUCCUUGGCCAUCCCCAUGCUCUCUUCAGAUGGAACUUGAGGCCUCAUUUGCCUUAGCAAAUAAACUAUUAAAAAAACUCCCAUAUAAACUUACGUUAUCACUCGUAGAAAUACUUGCUCCACGUGAACAAAAGAAAAACAAACAAAAACUAUCACGGCCACAAAAUAGAUUCAUUUUAUCCCUAAAGGAAUACAUUGCAUACACAAAAAAAUGGGAUUCUGUUCGGACAAAAUCAAUUAAUACACAUAAAACUUCAAAGGAGGCAAAAAAACAUUGCUAUCUCAAAUUAAACGAUUGUAUAUCAUUUUAG